AAUGGUUCAGUAAUCCAUCUCAAAUUCUCCCAACAAUUGGCUCAUUCACUUAAUUUUAAUGAGACCUUUUGCAGUUAGAAGUGACCAUGGCUGCAUCCAAGCAUAGUAGCAAAUCAAAGAAUCCCAUAGAAGAAGAAAUACACUGGCAAAUUGAUAAAGACAAGAACUUUGAAAGGCAACAAUGGUGGCCAGUUUCUCAAGAAACUUCCAUGUCUAACAGGCCUUUCAAGAUGAUAAAAAGUCCUGAAAGCCAACAACACUCUUUUCAAUCCUCUGUUUCAUAUAGUACUCCCACAUACUCUGUUUUUCCAUCCUCUGUUUCAUAUAAUACUCCCACAUACUCUGUUGUUCCAUUUUCUCCUCCAUCUUUAUCGUCGUCUUCGUCUAGCGUUGUGUUUCCUUUAGCCUUAGAUGGAACUCAGCAAUCCAAGGAAAGUUUACAUCAAAUGAGAUCAAAUAACACGCCUCUGUUUCGCCCCAUGCAUCAAGAACAUCAGCAAAUGAUCUCAUUUUCAGCUCAAUAUCCACAAAAUAUUACAGGGCAAUUCGGCACUUUCCAGAACCAGCUGUGCCAUUUGAAUGAAACACUGAAUGCAAGUUCAAGUGGGAGUAUGAUGACGGUGAAUAAAUCGGGACAGGAAAACAGGGGUGCUCUGUUUCAUCCUUAUUUGACGACGAAACUCUACAGAGGAGUGAGGCAGAGGCAUUGGGGCAAAUGGGUAGCAGAAAUUCGUCUUCCUCGAAAAAGAACUCGUCUUUGGCUUGGAACUUUUGACACAGCUGAAGAUGCAGCCAUGGCUUAUGAUCGCGAGGCGUAUAAGUUGAGAGGAGACGAUGCUAAGCUCAAUUUCCCUGAACUUUUUCUUGAUAAACAUAAACGGAAUACCCCCGAAUUGCAAAUUUCCCAUCAACCACAACCUGAAGGUGAGAAUUUAGAAGAGGACUCGGGAAUCGGGUCGAGUGAGGUUAUAACUGGUGAUGGAGUUCAAGGGAAUGUGGAGAAUUCUGAUACGUCGUCGCAAUUACUCCUAUCUGAUUUCGAGGCUUGGUUUAAUGCAAUUCCAGAAGAUUCGGGUCCAGGAAGUCCUUUUUGGGAUGAUUCGCACUUUGGGAAUGUCCAUUAUAAUUCUAGUCCUGCUAAACAACCGGAAAAGACUAGACCAUACGAGCACUUCCCUGGGGGUUACCAAUUCUAGUACUACUCUCGUCCAACCACGCUUUAACUUUGGAGCUUUAAUGGGAUCUAGUACGUUAGUGGUAUGAUCACAUUCCCCCGGCCAUCCUACCCUCCUAGC